GCUUUUCACGCUCCAUACACUGAAACAGGAAAGAAAGAUAACUUACUCUAUCACCGUCACCAUUUUUCACAUUUGCUUGCGGUUAUGAUUAGUUACCGCAGACACGAGACAUGUAAUGGUAACUCAAACAAACAGGCAUGAUCAUAAUGGAACUUAGCUCCUAGGAAUUGGUGUGAAGUAUACAAAUGGCAGACGGUCUUGAGGUGGAAGACCCGGAUAUAGUGUUCGCUCAACAUUUGAUAGAAUGUGAACUCUGCACCAACGCAGUAACUCUUUACUGCAGCAUUUGUGACGUCAAUCUCUGUGGAGACUGUAUAGGUCAUCAUAUAAACGCUAAGGCCGCACUUCCGCACAAUGUUGUGUCUUUCAAACUUCGAGCAUCAAAGACAAUUCUUCCACACUGUGCUAAUCAUGUCGUUGAGAAAUGCGAUUUGUUCUGCUCAAAAUGUGAUGUACCAAUUUGUGUUAACUGCAUAACUCUUCAACACAAAGCCCAUCCCGCUAUAAAACUGGAAGAUAAAUGCAAGCAAAAAAAGCUCGAAAUAGAGAAAGAAAGCGAAUAUUUUGAAAAGAAUACAUGCAAGAAUCUUGAAAAUGCUAUUGCUAAAUUGCAACAGAAACUGGAAGACGUUGAGAAAAAAUAUAAUGAAAUGCAAAAUGCAGUUGUUCAGAAAGGGAUUAUAUUACACAAUGAAGUUGACAGGACUGUGCAGAAGUUCUCUGAAGAAAUCAAUGACAUGAAAAAUCGUGAUGUUUUCCUAAUAGAGGAAAAAAUCCAGGAAAACAAAGGUCUCUUGAGAGCGUUGAAUGUUCAUUUGAAACAAAUUAAGAAACUUGCCAAUUCUUUCAUCCUCCAAGAUAUUCUUGAGUUUCAAAUAAGAAAUAAUGCUGAAAAAUGUAUUUCUUUUGAUUUUUCUCUGUCUAUGCCAUCAUUUGCUUCCACCAGAAUCAAAGAAAAUACGAUGUAUGGAACUUUCGGCAAUCUCAGUUCAAAGAUCACGCAAAAUCUGAAAGCGUUUGCUGCAAAACAAGAGAGAGUGCGAACUAUUUGCAGCAGGUCCGUCAUCUGCAAGUCCAUGGAAACCAAUUUUGAUGACAUUUGCAAUCUUGCCUGUAUGAAUAACAACACUCUGUGGAUAAAUUGUGACAACAAGACAAUGGUUUGUUUAAAAGAUACUGGUGUUGGUAUUAGAAAAGUUGACACUGAAUCAGGGCUACGACCUACGAACUUGGCCAUGACAAGACAAGGUGAUUUGAUUUACGCUGUAUAUGAUCCUCGUUAUAGCAGUGUUUCCAUGGUCACUGGGAGGAAAACCGAAAAGGUGAUCAAAUUUGUUGAUUGGAAGCCGGUAGGAGUAUGCUGCACAUUGGCAGACGAAUUCCUUGUCUCCAUGGAAAGCAACGAUGAAACCCAGGUCAAAAUUGCUCGCUUCUCGGGAUCGACAAUAACACAAGAGAUUCAAUACGACGACAAGCAUCGACCUCUCUAUGCCCCCGGAAAAUACUACAUUUUGUUGGAAGAAAAUAAAAAUCUGGAUGUCUGCGCAUCUGAUCCAAACAAAAACGAAGUCGUCGUCACAGAUAAAGAUGGAGUACUCCGAUGGAAAUACAAAGGAAAUUUGAAAAGUGGAAAGUUCGAAUCCUUCUCUCCGAGCUUUAUAAUAUCGGAUAGCCACUGUCAACUUCUGGUCAUGGACACGGAUAACAAUUGUGUCCACUUGCUGGAUAUGGACGGAAUUUUCAUAGGGUACAUCAUGCAUCCUAAAAUCCACGGGAUCGGCGCCAUGAGCUUGGACAGGAAUGGAAGACUUUGGAUAGCCAAUUAUAAAGGUGGACAGAUAAAUGUUUUCAAAUAUCUCCAAUAGAGACGUUAGAAUAAUACAUUUAUCAUGGACACAUCGAAUUCUAAUAAAGACCUUAAGCAUACUGCUUACAUGAUAGAUGUACAAUUAGCGUCCAUUGAUAAGGAUACUACCUGUUCCCCCGAAAUAUUGCCUCGGGGAUCAGUUCAUUCCCUUUAUUAUUUGUGAGGAUUCGCCAAUAGAAGACAAAAUGUCUAAAUCUUUACAAUUGUGAUAUUACUGUUGUAAUGAAUUAACAUGUCAGAUUCAUGGUUUUUUAAGCGAUCGUUUGUUCUUGUGUCUUUGAUUUAUCAGAGAAAUUCAUUGUCUGUGAACUUUCAAAUCUUUAUAGUAUAAUGUUUUAAAAUAUCAACUGUUCAGAUUAACUACACUAUGUGGGGAUCAGUUAAUUGAUAUAAUUUAUGAUUUAAUGUUACUUUGAUCCAUAGAAAAUUCAGCUAUCAAGAUCAUUUCAGAUAAUUUUCCUAUAUUUGCGAAUUAUGGCCCCAAAUCCUCUGAUGAAAUGUUUAAUGAAGCUUAUUAAAUAAAGUAUAUUAAAACUGACAA